AUGACAUGUUUAUCAAUUCAAGGAGAAAAAUUUUUUGUGUCAGAGUUCGGUGCUUAUUCAAAUGAUAAUAUCGAUGAUACUCAAAGUAUUCAAUCAGCUAUUGAUAAAGGUAUUAACUAUGGAUCUGGUAGUAUUAUUAUCUUUGGACAUGGUACAUAUAAUUUAUCGUCAACAAUUUCUAUAACAAAUGCAAGUAACUUGACAAUAAUAGGACAAGGAAUAAGUGAAACAUUAUUAGUUGGUACUACACGAAUGUUUAUAUUCUUUGCUCAAUAUUGUGAUGGUUUGAAAAUAGCUUCAUUAUCAAUUGAUUUUGAUCCAUAUCCAUUUACUGCUGGCUACGUUGUUAAUGCGACAAAUACUUAUCUAGAUAUUCGAGUACAACCACCACAUCGUGCUGAUAUUGAUCAACGUGUAUUAGGACUUAUUCGAUACGAUCCAAUAGAAAUGAGACCAGCUUUUGGGCCAAAUACUUAUAAUUUUUACCAAGUACCACCAAAUUAUGCUGAUACAAGUCUAAUUCGUACUAAUAUCUUACGUAUACCAUUAGCAUCAUUAACUGGACUGAAUAUAGGAGAUGCAGUUGUUGCUGUUUAUGAUAUUGCAGUUCAUGCUAUAUAUAUUCAUGAUUCGAUAGAUGUUACUAUUCAAACAAUCAAUGUUCAUUCAUCGUGGGGCAUGGUUUUAAUUGCAAAUAGAGUAAGACGUCUAACAGUAUCCGAUUAUCAUGUUACACCAAUGAAUGGACGUUGGUUAAGUGCUAAUUCAGACUGUAUGCAUUUUAUGGACACGAGAGAAUAUAUCUCGUUAUCAGAUAGUAAAUGUCAGAUGCAAGGUGAUGAUGGAUUAAAUGUUUUAACACCUUAUGUAAUUGUUACAGACAUAAUUAAUUCCAGUACUAUUAUUAUUCAAGCAUUUAAUUGGACUGAUCCACUUAAUAUCGAAGAUGGUACUCAACUAGAAUUUGCUAGUAGUAAACAACCAUUUACAGCUUAUACUAGAGGAAAAAUUGCUUCGUCCACAGUCUAUACUUCUACUUCACGAUUAUUUAUGUUUACUACUUCAAUUAAUGUUAGUAUUGGUGAUUUAGCCUAUGUUGGUGAUACACCUUCAUUAACCAUACGAAAUUUUACUGUGGAACGUAAUCGAGCUCGUGGUGUUCUAUUAGAAACACGAAAUGUUACUAUAAGUCAAUCAAUAUUUAAUAAAACAAGUGGUCCAGCGAUUCUCUUUCAACCAUCUCUAUAUUGGCAUGAAGGUCCUCCAGGUCGAAAUAUAACUUUAACGGAAAAUCUUUAUAUUAAUUGUAAUGAAGGCAUUGGACAACAAGAAGGUUUUAUUACUAUUUUACCAGAUCCAACACAAUUAAUACCAGUUAUUACUGAUAUUCGAAUAGAAUCAUCUACAUUUUAUUUUGGAAAUUUUAGUCGUGGUCUUAUACAAGCUACUAAUGCUAAUAAUAUUUAUAUUACUGGUAAUUAUAUUGCUACAAAUACUUCUACACCUUUAAUAACAAUAUGUAAUAGUCGAAAUAUUACUGCAAAUAAUAAUACUGUGAUUGAUUUAAAAGCCAAAAUAGAUCAAUAUUAUACAUUUGAUACUACUGACCCAUGUCAUGUGAACCUUAGCAGUUUGAUUGAUUUACCUCCUUCUGCAUUUAAUUCAUCAUUUCCACCACCUGUUAUAUUAACAUAA